AUGCCAACAAACGAUAUCGCUGAAUCUAUAAACAUAUUAAACACCGCUGUGGUGAAUCAAUUAAAUAACAAUAAUACAUCAAAUAAACAAAGAAAAUCAAUUUGUGAAUCAAAUCAAUUUGAACAAACUGUACCAGAUCAACAAGAGUAUCAAAAUGAUAAUACCACAGAUAACAAUACAAUUAAACAAAAUGAUACACCUGAAAGAAAAUCUCCAUUAGAUAAAUUAUUAUCUUCAACAACUUCUUCAACAACUUCUUCAACAACUUCAUUACCAACUUUAUCUAAAACAAAUACUUUAGAUUCAAUUGAUUCUUAUAAUCGUUAUAUUAAUGAAGAAGAUUUAAAUAUAAAUGAAAAUUUUACCGCUACUUCGUUAACUGAUUUUUUCAUUAAAAAUCCAAUUAAACCAAUUACAACUUCCAUAUUAAAACCUGGUUCUAUAUUCAUUGGUUCUCAACAAUCUGGUAAAUCAACUUAUGAAGUUGAAGUGGAAUUGAAAACUGUUGAUUUAAGUAAAAGUUAUCUUUCAGGUUAUCUGAAAAUUCAAGGUCUUACAGAAUCUCAUCCUGAAAUUAUAACAUUUUUUGAAAGUGAAAUUAUAUCAGAAAAUUAUUCAUUUUAUACAGAAAAUAAAGAAUGGGGUUCAAAUGAUAAAAUUGAUAUUCAACAUUGGCAAAAAUUUCAUGAUUGGAGAUCAAAUUUACCAACAAAAAAAAUUUUUGAAAAAAAUUAUAUUCAUAAAAAUUUUUUAAAUCAUCAAAAUAUUUAUAUGAGAUGGAAAGAAAGAUUUUUAGUACCUGAUGCUAAAAUUGAAAAUAUUGAUGGUGCUUCAUUUGCUGGAUUUUAUUAUAUAAGUUUUAAUCAAAAAACUGGUAAUAUAAUUGGUCUUUAUUUUCAUAAAUCUUCAGAAAAAUUUCAACAAUUAGAAUUAUCUCAUGUUUCAAAUAAUGGUAUUAAUUCAAGUUUCCAAUUUCAAUAA